AUGCUGCUUUAUGCUAAGUUCUUGAAGGAGUUGAUGACUAAAAAGAGAAGUUGGAGAAACAACGAGACGGUGGUGUUAACCGAAGAAUGUAGUGCCAUCAUUCAGCACAAGUUACCCCAAAAAUUAAAGGAUCCAGGGAGCUUCCAAAUCCCUUGUAUCAUAGGGGAGAUCACAGUGGAGAAGGCCUUGUGCGAUCUAGGAGCCAGCAUAAAUCUGAUGUCUUCAGCAAUGAUGAAAAUAAUGAAGAUUGAGGAAGCCAAACCGACAAGGAUGGCCCUACAAUUGGUAGACCGAUCAUUCAAAUUUCCCCAGGGAAUAGUGGAGGAUUUGUUGGUAAAGGUGGGAGACUUUAUUUUUCCAGCAGACUUUGUAGUGCUAGACAUGGAGGAGGAAGCUAAGGCAUCCAUCAUUUUGGGAAGGCCAUUCUUAGCCACUGCCGGAGCCAUUAUUGACAUCCAGAAGGGUGAACUUACUCUUAGAUUGCAUGAUGAGAAGAUGAUAUUCAAUGUGUUCAAGGCCAUGAGUUACCCACAAGACUCAUUAAGAGAGUGUAUGAGGUUGGAUUCAAUGGAAGCUAUAUUACAAAAAACUCUGGAGGAGGAAGAAAUUGAGGAGCUAAUAGAAGAAGAUGAAUCAACAUUGAGCGAAGAGGUAGGAACAGAUGAGGUUCAUGACCAAGGGACACUAGAAGGAAAGAAUGAAGAGAAAGAAGCACCCAAACUUGAACUGAAGGAAUUGCCACCGACCCUCAAAUAUGCAUACCUGGGAGAAAAUAGAAGCUUUCCAGUAAUCAUAAACUCAGCUCUCAGCCAAGAACAAGAGGAGGAAUUACUCCAAGUGUUACAAAAGGAUAAGGAUGCCAUUGAGUGGACUCUGGCUGACUUGAAGGGGAUUAGUUUAGCCAUAUGCAUGCACAAGAUACUGCUGGAAGAUGAUUCUAAACCUUCCAUUUAA